AACUGUGUCAGCAGCUCUACAACCUUCAGUCACUCAGUCUCAUGCAGUCAACUUUAGUGGAGCUACCAGCUACUGCAGUCAACUCUGCUGCAGCCACAUUAACAAAUGCAGGCUCCACUACCGGCGUUGGUAAAAACUUAUCGUCUGUGAAUCAGGAUAGUCUAGCAACAGGAAGUGUGAAAUUAUGCAUCCCAGCUGCUAAUUUUUCACAUAUUAUCAAUUCAGAUGAUGGUGAGGAAGAUAUGGCAGCAAAGUUAAGUGGAUUAGUACAGACAGCCUUGGUGGUUCCAACAAGCAGCAACUGUUCACCCCAAACAGUGACCACUUUGGUGUCUCAGCCACAGGUACUUUCAACAGCUUCUUUACCAACGCCUGUCACCACGCAACUCAGCCCUCACCUUACUAGUCAGUUGACGUCAACGAUAACAAAUUGUUCAAAGAACCAGUCCAUUGUGGUCACAACAUUAGAGGAUCCCUUGGGCUUACAGCUGGCUGAAGUUGGAGGCACUGGGGUCGACAGAAGUACAUUAUUGAAUCAAGGGUUGCAAAGUGUAGUUAAGGAAGAAGAUCUCCUGAGUGAUGGAGAAGGUACCCACACCCAAGCAGGCCUUAAUACAGGUCUUGAUCCUUCGUCCCCUGCAGUUACCUCACAAGUUAUUCUGAAUGAUCCUAUUCUCUCUGUGUCAGGUGAACCCCUAGGCUGUGAGGAGUGCCUUCAACAGGAUCGAGAUGAUGCUGAUAUUGUCAUAGUAUAAAGUUUGCCAGAUUUACAAGUAUCUCUCACAUACUAUCUCUUUGAUAGAUGAUGUUUACAGACUUACUAGCAGUAAAAUGACAAGGAAAAUAUGAUGAAAAAGGAAUUAUAUAACAGAAUUUGUAUUGUAAUUCAAAAUGACUUUCUUCUUAUCUAAUUGACCAAUUGAUUGUUUAUUUUUGUUGUAUAGAUGCAUAUAUUUGAAUAUAUAAUAAGAAGACUAUAUAUUCAUUAAAGGUUUAUAAGUUUUCUGUACUUGUCUAUGCAUUAUUCAAGCCAUAUUUAUAGGAAUACACUGUGAAACUGCCCUUGUGAAAAUAUUACUUGGACUAGAUAGUUUCAGAAUCUGAAUCACCCACGCAUCGAAAUAGAAAGAUGAACAUGUUUUUAUCAUGUUUACUAGUUGAUAUUUGUAAUAAAUGAUAUGUUACUUCUAUUUUCAUAAUGUAUUGUCUGAAGUGGAAGUUUUGAAUUAGAUUAUGGUCUAUGGAGGUGAAGAAUAGCUUACUGCUUUUACAUGUAAUAUCUGUGAUAUAAAUAACAUAUUAUAUUGUGGUUCAUGGAUAUAUAUUGCUCAUAUACUGAAAGCUUAGUACUACUAGUUAAGGUAACAGCAUUGCCCAUCAAAAAAUGCUGAGCAAUCUCUCAAAUUUGAAUUUCAACAUUUCUAAAGAUACAGUAAUUUCAGCCGUGGUAGCAAACAGCUAUUUUAGUGAUAUCAUUAUGAUGUAAGCAGUCAUAUUACAAUGUCAUUCUCUGAUAAAUAAUAGAUAAAUUUGGGGACAAGCAGCAAUAUGAAAUAUACAUUCUCUGGCUGUAGAGUAUUUGAAAAUGCCAGAGAAGAUUGAUAAGUAUUUAUAAAUUGAAAUCUUGUGAUUUGAAUGUUACUUUAAUAUUUUGGAAUUGUUUUGACAUGAAUUUCAAAUUUGAGAGAUUUCAUUUUUGUAUUGAGGUUCAGAAAUAUACAAUAAAUCAGGAAAAUGAAGCAAUAGACAGCCAAGGAAAAAUGUUAAAUCUUUGUAUUUUGUAUGGAUAUUUAUGAAUAUAUAUUUUAGUUAUGUAUUAUAGAAAUAAAAUGUAAUCCAAAACUCA